AUUGAAAUAAAUUAAUGAUACAUAAAAGCACGAUAGAUAAGAGAGCAUUUAAAUCUGUAACUCUCAGCAAUUCAUUGUUGUGUCUUUUGAUAUCAGAUCCUGAAACAGAAAAAUCAGCAGCUGCUUUAAAUGUUGAUGUAGGAUCACUUGAAGAUCCUGUAGAUAGAAUGGGUCUCGCUCAUUUUUGUGAACAUAUGUUAUUUAUGGGUACAGAUAAGUAUUAAAUAAAUUUUAUCUUAAAGAUAUCCAAAUGAAAAUGAAUAUUAGUAAUAUAUAUCAAAGAAUGCUGGAUCCACUAAUGCUUUUACAAGUGAGCUUAAUACUAAUUUUUUUUUCUCAGUUGCCAAUUAAGCAUUAGAAGGGGCUCUAGAUAGAUUUGCUUAAUUCUUCAUUUGUCCACUUUUCAGCGAUUCAUGUACAGAACGUGAAAUGAAAGCAGUUGAUUCAGAAUAUAAUAUGAAUCUAUAAAAUGAUUUUUGGCGUAAAUUUCAACUGUUUCACAAUGCUUCCCUUCCUGGAAGUUAAUAUAACAAGUUUAUGAUUGGUAAUUUGAAGACUUUGUAAUUCGAAGAUACACGUGCAAGAUUAUAAGAAUUUCAUAAUAGAUAUUACUCAGCAAAUGUUAUGAAAUUAGUCAUUUAUGGUUCAUAAUCAAUUGAAACUUUAGAGGGUUGGGCUCAUUCUUAUUUUGAAACAAUUCAAAAUAAAAAUUUAACUUCUCCUUCAUAUAAUAUUAUGCCAUUUAAUUAAACAAAUUUAGGAUAAUUGAUUAAAUAUGUUCCAAUUAAAAAUUAAGAUUAUUUGGAAUUGAUUUAUAUCCUUGAUUAUCUUUAUCCUCACUAUAGAAGUUGUCCAGGAAAGUAUUUAUCUCAUUUGAUUGGUCAUGAAGGAGAAAAUUCUCUAUUGUCUCUUCUUAUUAAAGAAGAUUUAGCUUAAGAAUUAUCAUCAGGACCAUCUAAUACAAUGAAAUAGUUUUCAGAUAUGUCGAUUAGAAUUAAAUUAACAUAAAAGGGUUUAUAAUAAUAUUUAAAAGUUAUUUAAUAUGUUUAAGAAUACAUAGAAUUACUUAAAUAAAAAGGACCAUAAGAAUGGAUUUUUAAAGAAAUCUAAGCAAUUAAAAAAUUAGAAUUUGAUUUCUUAGAAAAAGGAGAUCCCUUCAAUUAUGUUUGUACUUUGGCUUCAAGAAUGUAAUUGUAUCCAAUAGAAGAUAUUUUAAGAUCACCUUACUUAAUGGAAUAAUAUUAACCAGAAUUAAUUUAAUAGAUAACAAAUUAAUUAACUGGAGAUAGAUUGAUAAUAUUCUUAUCAUCAUAAACAUUUUCAAACUAAUUAGGUAAUAAAGAGGAAUAUUUUGGAACUGAAUAUAGUUAAGUAAAAUUUUCUGAAGAAAUAACCACAGUAUUUUAAAAAGCAGGUGAAACAAUAUCACCUUAAUUAAAUUUGCCUCCUUAAAAUAUAUAUAUUCCAAAACAUACAAAUGUCUUACCUUAACAAAAUGGUCUACCUUAAUUUCCUGAAUUGAUUUGGUAAAACGAAUAAAGUGAUUUAUGGUUCAAGUAAGAUGAUAGAUUCCAAGUACCAAAAACAGUAAUUCAACUAAGAAUAAAUACAGUAGAAGUUGGGUAUGGUAAAUUAUCAAAAACCGAGGCGAUUGCAAAAAUAUGGCAAGCUCUAUUAAAGAAUCAUGUUAGAGAAUUUAAUUAUUUAGCAGAAAUGGCUAAAAUUGAUGCAUCAUUAUAAUUAGCAGCAAAUGGUUUAGAAAUUUCAAUAAAUGGAUUUAGUGAUUCAAUCUCUAGAUUUGUUUUAGGUAUGUUUCAAAAAAUAAUCUCAUUUAAACCUGAAGGUUAUUAGGAUUAAUAUGAAUCUACAUUUGUUAAAAUAACCUAGGAUUUAGAAAACUUUAAGAGAUCUUAACCAUAUUAAUAAGUCCACUCUCUUAUAAGUGUUUUAUUAAGAGAGGGAUCAUCAUUUGAAACUUAAGAAUUGUUAGAUUAAUUAACUAAUAUCACUUUUAAUGAUGUUGUUCAUUUCUCUAGUAAUUUCCUUAAGAGAUGUCGAUUUGAAUGGUUAAUUAUGGGAAAUUUGGUUAAAUAAGAUGCAAUUGAAAUUGUUGAAAAGUCCCUUUAACUAUUUAAAGCAAAAACACUUAAAUAUGAACAAGUAUUAUAAAUAAGACCAGUAAUGUUGAAUUAAAAGGAGGUAUGCAAUUAUACUUAUUAUUUAAAUGAACCAACAGAAACUAAUUCAGGAAUAGUUGUUCAUUAUUAAAUAGGAAAGCCUGAUUUAAGAACUUAACUUUUUAAUGGUAUUAUAAAUAUUUAUAUAAAGAUAUCUUAUAAACUAUAAUGAAGACCCCAUUCUUUGCUUAAUUAAGAACUACUGAAUAAUUAGGAUAUGCAGUUUUUUCAUUGUUGAGUGAUGUAAGAGGAGUAGCAGGAUUCACAUUUUUGAUACAAAGUAAUGUAAAGUGUCCAAAUUAUGUAUAAGAUAGAAUUAGGUAAUAAUAUUAAUUGAAUAUUAGAACAUUUAUUAAUAAAGAUUUGAAUAAGUUGAUUAGUGAGAUGAGUGAGAAAGACUUUGAAGAAUUUAAAAAUGCUGUUAAGGUUUAAUUAUUAGAAAAGGAUUAUUCAUUAAUAAAAGAAUCAGCUCGUAUGUGGAAUGAAGUUUAAAAACAUUAGAGAUUAUUUGAUAGAAGAGUUCAAUAAUUGAAUAUUUUAGAAGGCAUAAAAUUAUCAGAAGUAUAAGAAUACUUUAAAAAUCAUUUGAUUGAAUAAACAAAAUAAUUUGAGAUUCAUGCUAUAUCUCCAACUCAUAAAUAGGAUUAGGAAGGUAUCAAGAGUGAAAGUGUAAUUUUCAAUUCCGCUGAUAAAUUUAAAAAGUAACAUGUAUUGUAUCCUGAUUAUUAUUAUCAAUGA